AUGGGGUCAAUUACACCAUCCUUCUCCGAUUACGACGAGGCCGUUUCUCACGAUCAAGGGUUGGGACAGAUCUUCUAUCAGCGGAUGCGUGAGAACCCCUCUGCUGUGGCCAUUGUGGAUGAGCAGAGUCAGAGCCUCACUUAUGAGGAGCUGCAUUUCAAGGCGAUUGAGUUAGCUCGGACUCUUACUCAGGGAACUUUCGACUCUCAAGAACGUGUUGGCAUCAUUGUCCAGCACGGGCUCUUAGACGCUGUCACGCAAGUCGCCAUCAUCUACGCGGGAGGCACCUGCGUCCCUCUGGAUCCUCUCUUGCCAGACCAGCAAAUUAUCGACCGCUUGAAACGACUCGGUGCUCAGCGCGUCCUGGUCGACGAAGCCAAUAGCAAACGCAGUCUCCCUUUUAAGCUACUCACCGUGGGAGAUCUAUUUUGCCAACGGUCUCGUACAACCGGAGCAGAAUCUUCCAAGCUCCCAGUCUCGACAACUCUCACCCACUGUACGCACCUUAUCCACACCUCUGGCACAACCAGCGAGCCCAAAGCCGUACAGAUUGUCGCGCGUUCUAUAGUCCAUGUAGCGCAUCAUGCGCCCUAUGAAGCCGUCCACAAAUCCGAUGUGGUAGGUCAUGGCAACAGCACCAGUUUCGACGUAGCCUUGUUCGACAUUUGGGGAGCACUCUCAAGGGGGGCCACAAUCGGCGUCCUCAACAAGGCGACAUUGCUCGAUAUACCGGCCUUGGGAGCCGCCAUCCGCCGUCUGGGAAUCACAAUCAUGGCUAUCACCGCACCACUAGUGAACCUGGCUGCAACAACGCACCCUGAUACAUUCCAGCCGCUCCGAUGCGUUCUUAUGGGUGGUGAAGCGGUCAAUCUCUGCGCGAUGAAGGCGAUUCUAACUGCUGGCCCACCAAAACAUCUCAUUAAUGCCUAUGGACCCACGGAGUGUUGCGUCUACUGUCUUACACAUGAGAUCACCAUGGAUGAUGUCAAAGCUGGGCAUGUAAGUAUUGGUAGCCCCGUCGGGCGCAAUGCGUGCUGCGUCUGUGAUGAGGAGGGUUGUCCGGUUGCCGUGGGAGAGGAGGGCGAACUGCUCGUUGGCGGUCCUGGUGUCUCACCGGGAUACGUCAACCAGGCCGAGAAAAACGAAAAGACAUUUAUAUAUGUUGCUGGAAUGGUUGAUCCUCAUACUGGUGAGCCCUUUCGGAUGUACCGGACUGGAGAUAUAGUACGGCUGAGUCCUGACGGAAAGCAUGACUUUCUCGGGCGUCGUGAUCACCAGGUCAAGGUACGUGGGUACCGAGUCGAGCUGCCGGCUGUUGACUCGGCGCUGAUGAAGACGGGUCACUUUUCCGAGGGCCUUGCCAUGCGCAUAGAUUCAAAGGAAGAAGGAGCCGGUGCAGCCCUAGUCGCUUUCGUGGUGCUUCAGGAUAAGGCUAAGGUCAACGCUGUUGAUGAAGCCAUGGAGGCAAUGCGGGCUUCUCUCCCAGAGUACAUGGUGCCCCACAUCGAAGUGAUACCAGAAAUCCCCCUCAAUGCACACGCCAAGGUCGACCGCAGAAGACUUGAGGAGAUGUACCAUCAGCGCCGAGAGAAACACCUCUGUCCUCUCUACGGAGACCUGAGCGUGAAACCUGACUCCGUCAGCACGCAAGAGCACCUUGCUCGGCUCUGGGCUACUAUUCUAGCCACUCCGGCCCCCGACUACUCCGAUGAUGACGACUUUUUUGCCCUCGGUGGAACAUCCCUGCAGGCCUCGUUGCUCAUCACUCGCAUUCGACAGCAGUUGUGUACCGAGAUCUCCUUGUUAACACUGUACGAUCAUUCCACGCUCAGUCGACUUGCUUCUAUUAUUGACCAAAAUCGGGGUACUUCCACGCAGACCGUUCGACGGGAGUGUGACCUAUGGGUAGCCGACACAAAACUAGGGGAUGAUCUUGAACUUCCGUGGGGGCCGGUAGUCGACUGGCGCCGUGAUACAGAAGGUAGAGUGUUCCUAACAGGGGCUACCGGUUUUGUUGGUGCGUUCCUCUUGGCAGCACUUCUCGCUUUGCCAGACGUACGCCAGGUUGGCUGUCUUGUCCGAGCAACCUCCGCAGCUACAGGACUGGAGCGACUUCGUGGGACAUUGGCCAAAUACAAUCUUUGGCAGGAUACCUUCCUUCCAAAACUUCUCCCGUUUCCAGGCUCGUUAGAAGAUUCCUGGCUCGGAAUGGAUGGGGAGCGAUUUCAUGAAAUUGCGCACUGGGCAAGCGUGGUAUUCCAUCUUGGGGCCAGAGUCAAUUACACCCAGCCCUAUUCAAUGCACCGGCCGGCUAACGUCAUCGGCACGAUGAACAUCGCUCGGUUCGCUGUUACGGGUCGUGUCAAGGGACUUCAUUACUGCUCUAGCAUCUCUUGCUUCGGGCCCACGGGAUUCAUGACCGGUGCCCAAACUGUCUAUGAAGACGCCCCGCUUUCAGCGCACUUGGACGCACUUCCAUAUGAUCACGGUUAUGCACAGAGCCAGUGGGCCGCUGACGAGCUGCUACAGCGGCUUGUCAAACGAGGGUUCCCCAUCGCUGUUUACCGGCCUGGAUUCAUAACCGGAGACCGCAAAACGGGAGCUUGCAACCCGGAUGACUUUUUCAGUCGAUUAAUUCGCGCCAGCGUGGACCUGCGGUGCUAUCCCGACCUGCCCAAUCAGCGCAAAGAAUUUGUCCCCGUCGACUACGUGGUGGAUGCGAUGUUGCAUAUCUCCUCCUCCGUGUUUUCGUUAGGUCAUUCCUUCCACCUGUUACCCAAACGCGCAGUAUCUGUUGACAUGACCGAGUGCAUGGAGCUGGUGGCGCGGGCCAGCGGCGUUGUGAUUGAAUGUGUCAGCUACGAGGAAUGGAUCGAGCGUCUUUCAGUCAGCUCGCAUGCCAGUCUCCAGCCUCUGCUCCCCAUGCUGGCGGAAAAGGUUCACAAUGGACUCAGUCGGUGGGAGCUGUACGAGAAUAUGCCCACUUAUGAUGACACGAAUACAAGACGGGCGCUUGCAACGUAUCCUGGUGGAUUGAUAUGUCCUCUUUUUGACUCAGAACUGAUGAAAAAGUACGUACGCUAUCUGAUUAAUAUCUGAGGAAGGGGGAGUCAUCAUAUAGACACAAAUAUUUCGCUUGACCUUUUACCCAAUUCGGAG